UUCACAACUUACAAGCAAAUACACAAAAAUCAAACAUGAGCAACCAUUUAUUCCUCUUAUCUCUAUGUUUAUCACUUCCCUUUAUUGCCUUUUCAUCAACUUUCACUUCCCAAAAUCCCAUCGACUUACCCACUGCUACUAAUAAAUUAGUACUAGACACCAACGGUAACGCACUUGAUCCUCGUGCAACUUACCGCAUCGUUUCCAUUGGUCGUGGCGCCGCGGGUGGUGACGUGUACCUAGGUACCUCCCCGAACUCAUCCGCACCUUGUCCUAACGGCGUUUUCCGUUACAACUCUGAUGUAGGACAACCAAUCGGUACACCGGUUAGGUUCAUUAAGUCUGAUCAUGAUACCGGACCAAGUAUUUUCGAAAACCAAGACGUUAACGUGCAAUUCGACAUUGCAACUUCAAGACUAUGUGUUAUUUAUGCAAAUUGGAAAGUCGGAGAUUACGAUGUAUCUCUAGGAGCACGAUUGUUGGAGACUGGUGGAACAUUAAGACGACAAGAUAGUAGUUGGUUCAAGAUUGUGAAAGUAUCAGAAUUGAGUUACAAUUUAUUUUAUUGUCCUGGUCCUUUUGUUUGUCCAUCUUGUCCUGUUGAUCAAUGUCAAGCAGUGGGUGUAGUUAUACAAGAUGGAAAGAGGCGUUUGGCUCUUGUGAAAGAUCGGCCUUUUGGUCUGAAAUUCCAGAAAGUCUAAUUAACAUCAUGUAAUGUACUAUAUAUGUUACGUUCUACCACAAAUAAUUAGCUUUCGAAAUAAAUCUCUGCUAAGUAUAUUUUUAGCAUGACUUUCUUAAUAAUAAAUUGUAUUUCCUUCUCGUUGAUUUUAUAUGGAGUGUUUGUCCGUA